UUGGAAACAGGCUUGGGAGCUUACAUGUCCGUGCCGUGUUCUCUGCAAAGACAUCGGCAUGAAAUCGGUUUGCGACUUCAAGUUUACCAUCCCGCCCUACGCUCCCGUGCUGUCGACAGCUUAUGAAAAGAUGAGCCGAAAUAACUAUCUCUUGACCGUUGUUCUCCUUUGUCAAGUCCAUACGCAACCCGGUCAUAUAUUUCGCUGGGAUGUUCAGGAAAUGGUCUAUAGACAGUAUACCUUCAGAAAACCUUGCGGGUCUCUCGGGUUGACUUCGCAAAUAACUGCGACAUCUACUUAGACGAAAUCAUGGUUGCAGUGUACUUCGUGCAUGAGUUGAGCCAAGGUGUUAACUGAUAUACCUUCUUAGUAGUGCAGGGUGCAGAACAGGUUAUUCUUAAAUUGCUUGGACUGACUGAUCC